CAAACAGCAACCCUAGCCGAUUAUCUUCUCGAUACAUUUGAUUACGACACAGGAACGUCUCCUAAAGUGAACAGAUGUAACAGACUGCCGAGUACUCUUGUCACAUGCCGGCGCAUGCUGUUACUGCCUUGAUCGAAGGCCGGUGUUAGCGGAAACAAGCUCCUUCCAUUUCCAUGACCGAAGCUUCUCCGCCUCUUGAACAAUUCCGUCAUCCGUCAUCCGUCAUUCUACCAAACACAAAUCAACUCUAUCAAGGCAGACACUCGUUCAACAAACCAUCGAUCCGCCUUCCACAUCCUCGCCAUGCCGCCCAAACGCAAGGCCGCCGCUGCCACUGGCUCAAGGCCGCCAAAGAGGGUGGCGUCCGGCGUGAACACCCCAGUGAGCAUGGGCAGUAGUGACGAUGAAUACAUGUCCGACGACGCAGACAACGACGUCCACGAGCACGACUACGACGACGUCGUCAAGAAGUUUCAGGCUUCCUCCUACCGCAGCAAGGAUACAAAACCACAAGAAUCAGAUCAAGCCAGUCGUCUCUUCCGCAACGACCGCGACCUAUCCGGCCUAGAGUUGAAACCUGAUCACGCAGUACGCCCGCUAUGGCUCGAUCCCGAGAAGGGCAGAAUUGUCGUCGAAACCUUCUCUCCUUCAUUCAAACAGGCUCAGAACUUCCUGAUCAACAUCGCCGAGCCCCAGUCGCGAACGACGAACGUCCACGAAUAUACCAUCACCGCCCACAGUCUUUUCGCCGCCGUCUCGGUCGGACUCACAACAGAUGACAUCAUUCGUCAACUCGAGGUCUUCUCAAAAACAAAACUGCCCGAUGGCUUGAAGGACUUCAUCUACAGCGCAACUCAAUCGUUCGGAAAAGUACGCUUGGUCUUGAAGCACAACAGAUACUACAUCGAAAGUCAGGAUGCCUCGGUACUACAAAUGCUUUUGCGCGACCCUGUUAUUGGUCCGGCCAGAAUUCACGAGACAGACGAGUUGAUUCAAGAGAAGGCUCCUCAGAUGGGCGGUUUGGUCAUUCCGGGAACAAAAGACGCUGCCGGCGUCAAGCAAGCUGAGGCUGCAGCAGCUCGCAAGAAGGCAGCAAGAGACGAUGAUGAUGACGACGAGGACGAAGAUGACAAGAAGGACGGCGCAGAGCAAGACAUGACGGCGUAUCUACGUGACGAGGAUGACGAUGAUGAUGAGACUGAUCAGGUUCAUUCGUUCCAGAUUGAUGGCGAAAAGAUCCAGGCCGUGCAAGAACAGUGUAACGUCAAGCUCCAACUGCCUCUGACAGAAGAGUACGACUUCCGAAAUGACGAGAUUAACGCAAAUCUGGACAUCGAUCUACGGCCCAUGGCUCAGAUUCGAUACUACCAAGAACACGCUCUUAGUAAGAUGUUUGGUAAUGGUCGUGCCAGAAGUGGAAUCAUCGUCCUGCCCUGUGGUGCUGGUAAAACUCUAGUCGGCAUCACUGCUGCCUGUACUGUCAAGAAGUCUGCCAUCGUCCUGUGCACUUCUGCCAUGAGUGCUUACCAAUGGAAGAACGAGUUUCUGAAAUGGUCAAACAUCAACCCCGAUGAUAUUGCGAUUUUCACAUCUGGAGAGAAGGAGAAGUUGAAUCAGAGAGCGGGUAUCAUCGUUUGCACAUACAGUAUGGUCACUCAAAACACAAGAAGAGCCCACGACAGUCAGCAAGUCAUGGACUUCAUCACAAACAGAGAAUGGGGAUUGAUGGUCUUGGACGAAGUCCACGUCGUGCCGGCAGAAAUGUUCCGACGUGUCACUUCCAAGAUCAAGACUCAUUCCAAGCUAGGACUGACAGCCACCCUUCUACGUGAGGACGACAAAAUCAAGGAUUUGAACUUCCUCAUCGGACCGAAGUUGUACGAAGCAAACUGGCUGCAAUUGUCAGAAGAAGGCCACAUCGCUCGCGUGCAAUGCGCCGAAGUCUGGUGUCCCAUGACAACAGAGUUCUACGGUGAAUAUCUGAAAGCGCGGACGACCAACAAGCGCUCUCUCCUAUCGACCAUGAACCCCAGGAAGUUCCAGGCUUGUCAAUUUUUGAUCAACUACCACGAAAACAGAGGCGACAAGAUCAUCGUCUUCUCUGAUAACGUAUACGCUCUUGAGAAAUACGCGAAACGACUGAAGAAGCCUUACAUUUACGGCGACACACCACAACGAGAACGUGAGAUGGUGUUGCAAAACUUCCAACAGAACGAGUCUGUGAAGACCAUCUUCCUGUCAAAGAUUGGCGAUACCAGUCUGGAUCUGCCUGAAGCCACUUGCUUGAUUCAAGUCUCCAGUCAUUAUGGAUCCCGCAGACAGGAAGCACAGCGACUAGGUCGUAUUCUUCGAGCAAAGCGCAGAAACGACGAGGGUUUCAAUGCCUUCUUCUACUCCCUCGUGUCGAAAGAUACAAACGAGAUGUACUACUCGUCAAAGCGCCAAGCUUUCUUGGUAGACCAAGGCUACUCCUUCAAAGUCAUCACCCACUUGACAGGUAUCGACGAAGUCGAAGGCCUCCACUUCCGCGACACUUCCUCGCGUAUGGAGCUACUCGAGGACGUCCUCAUGGCUGGUGAAGAGAGUGGCAGCGUCGAGAACAUUCAAGACGAUCUGUUCAGCGGGAGACAAAUGCACAAGGGUCCGAAGGGCAAGCCAGGUGUUCGUCGCACGGCUGGUGCUCUCUCAGAAUACGCUGGUGGCAAGGAUAUGGCGUAUAUCGAGUACAACAAGAGCAGAAACAAGGAGCUCAAGAAGAACAAGCCGACGAGUAAGUUCUUCAAGGAUAUCCAGAGGACGAACGAGAAGAGAAAGGCGGCUGCAAAGGCGGAUCAGUGAGCAGUACUUUCUUUUGAGACUUCUUACCAGUCACUCAACUUUCUGUUCUUUCAUGAUUACGAUGGAGUCCUGGGUUUUCAGCAUACGCGAUUAAUUCUAUCGUUCUUCUAUCAAGAACAUUGUCGGUUUGCCAUUGUUCUCCAUGAACAAGAUGUGCUCCCAGCUGAAUACAUGUGCUUCGUACCAAUGAUCAUUGCGGCUGUUCUUACAUCCUGAUGCUCUGCUUCGCACGAAUUGGUUACAAUGGUGAGCGUACACCGGCUGCCGGCUGUCGUAUAUAGAAAAGAUGAGCGAUCUGAAUAGGCAUUGACUCCGAAUCGCGCCG